UCUUGUACCGCGAAGAGAUUAGCAUAACUCAUUUAUAUAUUAAUUACUUUAAUGUACCUGAAAACAUUACUAUUAUAGUUACUUCAAGAAAUGGAUCGCAAACCAAAAGUCUGCCUCAGCGGUUUCGUUCUGUCUUCUUUAAUGUUUGACUGUAUGAACAGUCAAGACGAUCAGGAAGGCUUCCUAAUUGGGACAAUAGCAAAAAAGAUUAAGAAAGAAAUAAAUGACCAGUCCAUGUACACAACUCAAGAAGAAUUAGUGAUAAGCAUAUAUUCAUCUGUGCCUUCUGGCGGUGUACAGUCUUUCUAUAACUCUUCAGGGCAUAUUAGGAUGGCUGAUAUUGAGUCUUGUUUGGGUGAGAGAAAAGCUUCUGUUGUAGGUUGGUACAAGUUUAGACGACACAGUCCUGCGUAUCCUUCUUUUCAUGAAACGCUUGUUCAUAGAGAACUCAAAAAAUUAUUUUCAAGCAAUUUUGUGCAUGAAGAUGACUGUCUGAUAUUUGGUGUUCUGACUUCAUCGAAUAUUAGUUUUGCUACUCACUCUUUUGAUUAUGCUUUCUUUGUUGAAGAACUUCUGAGCCCUAGGUCUUUCAAAAAUCUGACUAUUAGUUUGUUGAAUUUGGGAGAUACAAAAGGACAAUAUCGCAUGAAUUCUGAUGCUUCAGCAUAUAUGGAAUCAACUAGUUUUAAUUCUGUUUUAAGUCGUACAUGGGACUUUAAUAGUUGUUGGCAAACUGAAGAUCAAAUUCUUGAAUUUCAUAAAAGACUGCGGGAUAAAUUGGAUAACUUGCAAGAAGAAAUGACAUUGUCUGAUGCAUAUAAUGCAUCUUUAGAACAUGAAGUAAAGGAACUUAACAGCAAGAUGCAAAGUUUAUUGUCAGCAUUAGAACUGCCUUCCUCACAUAAUAACCCAGAUGAACCAAGUUCUGCUACUGACAUUGAAAAUCAAGAUGUUAAACCAUCAUUAUUUGUUUCAGCAAGUACCAUCAAUGAAUUGUCCAUGAAUGUAUUAACUAAGAAAGAUCAGUAUUUUGUAAACGAGCCUGAUCAGCCCAUUAUGUCAUCAGUGUCAAGCAAAAAAAGUUCUGGUGCUCGUAGCUUAGAACAAGAUGCAGAAGUGUUUGAAAAGACAUUUUUGGCUGGUCUAUCUAAAUCAGAAAGAGAAUUGUUUCAGAAAGAUGGCAAAUCCCCAAAACUAGCUUACCUGGAAGCAGUUUCUGAUCUAAGUGAUUCUGAAAGAACUACGCAAGCUGUUUUGAGCAAGUUGCAUGAUAUUCUUAUACCCUAUGAAUCUUCAUUUGUACCCACUUCAAGUUUUCCUUCAACCUCAGACAUAAAAAUUAGUAAUUUACAAAGAACUGUUAAUAUUUCUACCUCUGGCAGUGUUUCAGAAGAACAAAUUAGUACCAAUGUAAAUAUUUCUACACUGCCUGCUUUUGAUGAACAGAAUAAGAAGCAGAAUCUUGAUCUUUCCCAAGCUGUUGUUGACUCAAAUCUACCAGCCGAUGUAACAAAAUUAGAAGAUGCAAAUGCCAAAAGAAAUAAUUCUGAUGAGUUAUCAUUGAAAAGAUUAGUAUAUGAAAAAGUUUCACAAAGUGAACUUCAGUCAGAACUUUCUAAAAACGAUAUGAACACUGAGUUACAACCUAAAGAAACCAAAGAACUAAACAAGGCUGGUAAAAAAGAUAUAAUUAGUGAUUUCUCUGAAGCUGGAUCUUCAUCAAGUCUUCCGCCUGCAGCUCAGAAAAAUCUAUGCAUUUCUACUAUGACUGACUUAGAUGCAGAAAAUCUUAGUAAAACAGAAGUUAUAUCUAUUACAGAAGGAACUGUUGAAACUUCUAUUAAAUCUUCUGUUACAUUAAAAAACGAAAAGACAGAAAACAAAGAACUAUUAUCUUCAAAAUAUUCCAAUAGUAAUAAGUUAUUAAUGUCAAAUAAUUCAAAUGAAAAAGAGCUUUCUGCUUCAAAUAAAAGCAAUGUUUGUAAGUUGGAAGAUAAAACUAAAGAAUCUACAUAGUUAUUAAAUACAUAAAAAAGUACUUUCUAAAUUUUUUGUAUAAUAUCUAAGUGCCAU